AGCUGUGUUGAGACACCAUGGCACAAGCACUUGCCUCCCCAGGGCUGUUCUCUGACGAUGAUGCUGCAGCCUCCCCUGUUCUUGAAUCCACAACGACAGGGUUUGGGGCUGAUGUGCGCAAGGACCUGCUGUCGGAGUUCUCUGCUAUCUCUCCAAAUCCGGAGGGCUCCGAGCAGCCUGCAGCUGAAGACAAUAAUGGUAAAUUAAAAGUCUAUCUGAGAGUUCGUCCUCUGAAAUCUACAGAACUGGAAAAAGGGGAAGACCAGGGUUGUGUCUGCAUUGAGAAUUCAGAGACCCUUCUUCUAAAAGCCCCUAAGGACUCCUUCACCAUGCGGAGCACAGAACGUGGAGUGGGACAAGCAGCACACAGGUUCUCUUUCACCCAGAUCUUUGGACCAGAUGUUGGGCAGAAAUUGUUCUUUGAUGAGACAAUGAAGCAGGUGGUAAAGGAUGUACUGAAUGGGCAGAACUGGCUGGUUUACACCUAUGGCAUCACCAAUUCAGGGAAGACUCAUACUAUUCAGGGAAGCAACAAAGAUGGGGGGAUUCUGCCUCGCUCCUUAGCGGUCAUCUUCAACAGUGUGGGGGACCGGCUGUACAAAGCCAUGGAUCUGAAGCCCUUCCUCUCCAACGAGGUGAUCUGGCUGGACAGCAAGCAGGUGCGACAGGAAGAGACCAAGAAACAGAUCAUGCUGCGGGGAGGCCUGUGGGAGGAGGAGCUGUUAACACCAAUGAAGAGGAGUCAUAGUGCUGAAUCUCAGCUCCAGGCCACUGCCAGUGGCAGCUUUGACAGUGGAGUGGCUGGCCUCUCUUCAUCUAGCCAGCUCACCAACCAUUCAGAUGUCAGCCAGAUAGAAGAACUGGGCUCUCGCUGGGCUGACUUGGACCGCAUUUCACUCACCAACACAGGAGAUGUGCAGUUCUCCAUCUGGGUCUCCUUCUUUGAGAUUUACAAUGAAUUAAUCUAUGACUUGUUAGAACCAGCCUUAUCCGGCCAGAGCCGCAAGAGGCAGACGCUGCGGCUCUGUGAAGACCAGACUGGCAACCCCUAUGUUAAAGAUCUGAACUGGAUCAAUGUCCGGGAUGCUGAUGAGGCCUGGAAGCUCCUGAAACUGGGUCGAAAAAACCAGAGUUUUGCCAGCACCCACAUGAACCAGAACUCCAGUCGAAGUCACAGUGUCUUCUCCAUUCGGAUCCUGCACUUGCAAAGAGGUGGCAGUGAAACUGUUCCAAAAAUCAGCGAGUUAUCCUUGUGUGACCUUGCGGGGUCAGAGCGCUGCAAAGACCAGAAAAAUGGGGACCGAAUGAAGGAAGCAAACAACAUCAAUACCUCUCUCCACACACUGGGUCGCUGUAUUGCUGCUCUCCGCCAGAACCAGCAGUCCAAAUUGAAGCAGACUAUGGUUCCCUUCCGGGACAGCAAGCUAACCCGUGUGUUCCAGGGUUUCUUCACUGGACGUGGGUGCUCCUGCAUGAUUGUAAACAUUAACCAGUGUGCAUCUACAUAUGAUGAAACUCUGCAUGUAGCCAAGUUCUCUGCCAUUGCUAGCCAGCUUGUUCAGGUACCACCCACAAAGCUGGGACUUCCGUCCAUACAAUCAAUCAUCAAAGAGCAUCACAGGCGAACCAGCCAAGGUGCAGAGUCAGUGGCAAAUGAUGAAGUGGAAUCGGAAGAUAACAGUGAGGAUGAAGCGGAUGUCUCCAUGUAUGAGAAGGAGGACUUGCUGCGUGUAGUGGAAGCUGCACGAGAACUGCUGGUGCAAGAGCGGCAGGAGAAGCUGCAACUAGAAAUGCGUCUCCGUGAGGAGAUCUGCAAUGAGAUGCUGGAGCACAUGCGGCAGAAGGAGCAGUGGUGCAGCCAACAUCUGGAUACUCAGAAGGAGCUGCUGGAGGAACUGUAUGAGGAUAAACUGAAUAACCUGAAGGAAUCACUCACUGACUAUUACCAGGAGAUGAUCCAGGAGCGUGAUGAGAAGAUUGAGGAGCUCCAAGCUGCUCUGCAGGAGGCAAAACAAAAAUUGGAGAGCCUGGAUACUAAACAAAAGGACUUGGGGCAAGGCUUGCGCCGAUCAAAGCGAGUGGCAGCUACCUCAUGUGCUCUGCAACAGGAGCUGGAAGAUACUAAAGCCAAGCUGGAGCAAUGUCAAACGGAGUUAAAUACUGCAACAGCAGAGUUGCGCAAGUACCAGAAAUUGCUGGAGCCACCUCCCUCUGCCAAACCCAUUACUGUGGAUGUAGACAGGAAGCUGGAGGAUGGACAGAAGAAUGUCAGAUUGCUGCGUUCAGAAUUACAGAAACUUGGAGAGUCUCUUCAGUCUGCAGAAAGAGCGUGCUGCCACAGCACAAGUGCAGGAAAACUUCGAGAAGUCCUCUGUACAUGUGAUGACAUUCUGGCUAGACAGGACCAAACACUGGCAGAACUGCAGAACAACAUGAUGCUGGUAAAACUAGACCUGCGGAAGAAAGCAGCUUGUAUUGCAGAACAGUACCACACUGUACAGAAGCUCCAGGCUCCUCCAUCUGCCUUAAAGAAACGGUUCUGUGCCAACAGGGAAAACCUACAACCUAAUCAACCUCCUGGUAAAAAGCCCUUCCUGCACACCCUUCUGUCACGUUCAGCUGCCCGUCCUGCUGCUGGCAGAGGGUGGCAGCUUCGUUCAGUUGCUCUAUGACUUUUUACAAAGAGAUCCCUACCCUGCUAUUACUGGAAUAGGUGGCAAAUCCAAUAUAAUGGCAUCUAUUUUUGUGUGCUUGUUUUUUGUUGUUGUAUCUGCUUGAGAGCUUAUGUAAACGUUUUUGAAUAUGUAUGGUUAAACUUUUAAUUGAUACCAAAGUGGACAAAAUGACCUUUUGUAUUUUAAACACUACAAUGAAGAAAGUCUUUAAAUAUAAAAUAAUGCAGAUGAUCAAAGUUGUUUAACAAAAGGACAAGUUAAACUGAGCUCUUCAACCACGUUGGCACAUACUUCAGAAAUAAGUUCACAGGAUCCUCCUUGAAAGAUACUUGCCCUUCCUUGAAUUAUAAUCCUUUAUUAAAGUAUACACGUUCUACUUCAGGGCUGUUCUUUUGGAUCUUGGCUUGCAAUUCUGGCUCCAAGCGUGUUACAGACAUAGAACUAAGCAAAAGAAACAAUAAAAUAGUUACAUAUAACAAG